AGCUCGGAUAGGACGUCGGGCCAAGGAAGUAUGGCUUUCUUGGACGCGUCAGCAGCUGUGCAGGCAAAGGUGCAGAAGAGUCCGGAGCGUGUCUCCGUAUGACGAUAUAAAACCCUUUGAGCUUGCGAUCACACCGUCUGAAGAAGGGGCACCAGAGGCAACAUUCACUAAGACGACUAGAAUGAAGUUCGCUCUAGUGCUUGUAGUUUGCUCAACACUCGUCGUGGCUGCACCGACUUGGAACGAUAAGCAGUCGUGGAAGGAUGAAUCCCGCCAUCAUUGGGAAGAGAAGCACAAAGAGUGGAACGAUGAUCACGCAGACUGGACGGGCGACCAUAAGAGCGAGCAUAAGGACAUUCAUGCUGCUUUCCCGUUCGAAUUCACAUCGAUACUCAAAGCCUAUGCCGGACCUGACCAGGUAGUCAACAACAGUCAAGUGGCCGUACCGGGUCUUGAAAAAGGAUUCGGCAUGUUCCAAUUCGGGCUCAACUCACACGAAGAUGUCAUCUGUUACAACAUUUCAGUUUACAUCAAGGGCAACUACUCAUCGCCAGCAGUCACCGCGACACACAUUCACCAAGCACCCAAGGGACGUGCUGGUCCUCCUCGCAUAGCCUUUCCCAAUCCUCAGCCACAUGGAAAUACAAGUCUCGAUGAAUACGCUUGGCGAUACAGUCUUGGUUGUCUCCAAGGUCCAUUUAAAACUGGGAUAGUAAACAACGGGACCGAUACUGGCGCGGGGUUCACCGUCAAGGAUCUCGAGGACACACCUUGGGAAUUCUUCGCUGACACGCAUACCGCUGACUUCCCAGCUGGUGCGAUUAGAGGUCAGAUCUAUGGAUAUAAUCCCUAAGCGAGAAAGCCGAGAGCAUAGAUAGCGGAAGUCUUAAGCCAUGGGAUCGCACUGCGCUGUAUCACUAACCACAAACCGGAGAAGCAAUUCGAUCCUACAAUAAAAUAUCAUUCCUGUAUGCACUUUGAACAUAUCGACUUCCAGCUCUCGUGUGUACAUAAUGUCCUUAGUAUCAAUACUCU